UUGCAACAUUGGUUUUUAACAAGAAACAAAUACUAAACAUAAACAAGAUUAACUGUCAUGUUCGAAAAUAUUCUUAUAGUUCAGAGGUCGUUGUCAGUAAGGAAGAGUUACUGGAACACCUGUAUAUUUCAAUGACAAACAGGACAGACACAAACAUAUAUCAAAACGUCGCCAAUGUCACGUUUUCGUCAAAACAGUUUGAGAAAUCACGAUCUACCUUAUACAUUUUUGUCCCGUUGACUACGGUAUUUUUAUUGAUAUUAGUCUUUGGAGUUGGUUAUAGAAUGUGGCGAUCAAAUAAAGGCUUAGAAAAAGUCUUACAACAGAUGGAAAUGCAAAACAGUGGACAUGUUCAUAUUCCUGUUCAAAUGAGGGAAGUGACCAUUGCAACUGAAGACCAUUAUAAUGAAAUAUCCAGUGAAAUAGGAAAUACUUACAGUCAUGCUGUAGAAUGGAACAAUACAGUAACUGUUAUGGAUAUUGAUGAUGAAAACAGUCCUUCUUCAUAACUGGUGGAGAGUAAACAGUAAAAAGACAACAAAUAUGUUUUAUUUUAAUCGUUUGAGACAAUCAGGUUACA